AUGAAGAUAGCAGGCUCAGGCCGUCUAAGGUGGUACUGCACGCCCUGCCAGAAGCAAUGCCGGGAUGCUAAUUCUUUCAAACAACACACCCUUUCCGAGUCUCAUACUCGUCGUAUCGACAACAUUAGAAACGUGCACGAAACCAUCGACGACUUCUUUCAGCAAUUCCAAAUCUCCUUUCUUAGGCUCCUCCAGACUAGUUAUCAAGAGAAGAGUGUCCAUUCUAACCGGUUCUACCAGACGUAUAUCGCGGAUAAGCACCACAUUCAUCUCAACUCUACGCGAUGGAGCUCUUUGGCUGAAUUAAUCAAGCACCUUGGCCGAGAAGGACUUUGCCGCACUGAGGAAAAGGACGACGGACUCUAUGUUGCCUGGAUCGACCGCUCUCCAGAGGCCGUUCGCCGAACGGAUGCACUCAAGAAACGAGACCAAGCCGAUGCUGCGAGCAAGACUAGAGAGGACGACAUCAUCAAGGUCCAGAUCGAACGGGCACACGCGAACCGAAAACCAUCUCCAACCGCCACCUCACUCUCAAUGCCCCUUCCCACUGAACCCGGUCCUGCAAUUGCAUUUCAGCUGACAACCGAUACCAAAGGAACACUAAAGAACACGGGAGGUUCAGUCAAGAAGGUCAAUGCCUUUAAGACGGCAAAGCAGAACCUUCAAGAAGCUAAGAAGAGGAAGCAGUCUGAGGCUGCCAGCACGGAUGAGCCUCCUUCCAAACGUUCUUGA